AAGAACAUGAAGCGAAGAAGACAACACAAGAAUAACGAAAGAUUUUCUUUUUGAGCGCUACGGCAAUGCAAAGAUUUUCUCCUCUCAAGGCUCAGGCAGCUGGCUGGUCCAGCAGUGAGGAGUCAGACCAGGAAGAGUCUCAUCCCCCUCGGACCGUUCCCAUGGCAACGUGGAAGGCUAAAGCAAGGGAAGAGGAGCAGUGUGGCGUCAGAUGGGGAGGAAGGGGCUGGACGGAGGAGGAAGAGGUGAAAGAAGAGGAGGAGGAGAAGAAAGAGGUGAAAGAGGUGAAAGAAGAGGAGGAAGAGAAAGAGGUGAAAGAGGAGGAGGUGGAGAAAGAUGAGGAGGCAGAGAAAGUGAAAGAAGAGGAGGAGGAGGCGGAGCAGAAUGUGAAGGGUUCAGGUGCCAUAGAUGGAGAAGAUGAAGAAGACAAAGAGCACGAACUGGUCGCACACCGGAAUUCAACUUGCACCCGUGUGUCUUUGGCUACUAAGUAUAAACACAUUGACUCCCACCACUCACUGGUAAAGCACUCCAGCAAAGGGGGUGACCAAUCAGAGAGCAAGGAGGCAGAUGAUGCCGUUAACGAUGGACAAGGAAGUGAUGGAGAUCACAACCAAUCAGAGAAUGAUGAUGCAGGCAGGAGGAAGGAGUCAGUGAAAAGGAGGCGGGGCUGGAGAAAGACCAGCAGGAGAGAGGAGCCAAAACAGAGGAGAGGGAGGAAGAAACAAACCAGGGAGGAAGAAAGUGAUGGAGAGAUCGACGGAGAGGAAGAGAGUGAUGGAGGAGAGAGUGAUGGAAAAGAAGAAAGGGAUAGAGAGAGUGAUGGAGAGGAGAAGAAGGAAGAUGUUAGGACCAAAUGCAAACGUGCACAGAAUAGACAAGUCCAUAGCACAAGAAGAGCCCGAGAGGGCCAACGUUAUGGAGACGAGGAAGAGGAGAAGAACGAUGAGGAAGACUCAGAGCAAGAUGUAUCAACCAACACCAAACAUGUCCGCAACAGAGCAAGGGCUAGAGAGAAGAGAAGUGAUGGAGGAGAGAGUGAUGGAGAGGAGGAGGACGAGAAAGAAAAGAGUGAUGCGGAGGAGAAGAGUGACGGAGAGGAAUCACAGCAGGAUGUAGUGACCAAACGGACUCAGGUGUGCGCCAGAUCGCGGGUCGACGAUCAGGAAAGCGGCGGGGAAGAGCGUCACACAUCAGACAGAGACGCUCCACUGAGGCGGAGUCAGAGGAAGAGGCUGUGUGUUAAAGAUGUUAGCGUCGCCACGACGGACGACAGCGAAUCAGAAGAGGAUGCGCGUACCAGGAAGACCGGAACGAUACGCAGUAGGAAGAGAGCGGCCAGCGACGAGGAGGACGGAGCGGUCAAGCGAGCGGGGAGGGGCCGUAAGAAGAUGGGCCCCUUCAUCUGCGAGACGUGCGGCAGGCUGUGUGAGAACAGGGCCACCAUGAACAGGCACCAGCUCACCCACACGGGCGAGAAGCCCUUCGUGUGCGAGGAGUGCGGCAAGCGCUUCGUCAACGCCACCAACCUGCGCAUCCACCAGACGGUGCACGCCGGCACCAAGGACCACAUGUGCAACGAGUGCGGCGUGCAGUUCACGCACCUGGCCUACCUGAAGCGCCACCUGCGGCGACACACCAGCGAGCGGCCGCACACCUGCGCCCAGUGCGGCAAGGGCUUCCUGCAGAAGUACCACCUGGAGCGGCACGAGCGCACGCACAAGCUGCUCAGGUGCGGCGCGUGCGGCGAGACGUUCGGCCGGAGCCAGACCCUGGCGGCGCACCUGCGGAAGGAGCACCCUGGCGAGGAGGUGAUGGAGGAGGUGGAGGAGGAGGAAGCAACGGCGGCGGCGGAAAGCUCCGGAAAGGCCCGGGGUGGGACUGCGUGCGACCUGUGUGGGAAGGUGUGUCUGGGUCCGUCCCAGCUGCGGGUGCACAUGCGCGUGCACACAGGCGAGAGGCCGUACAGAUGCCUCGUGUGUGAGCGCCGCUUCGCUCAGAGGAGCCAGCUCAACGCUCACCAGCGCACACACACCGGAGAGAAGCCCUGGGAGUGCCCACUCUGCCUCAAGUCCUUCACCCGCCGGACCUACAUGGACCAGCACAGGCGCAACACUCACGGGGAGAAACUCUAAUCUUACAACUCAAGACAGCACACACACACACACACACACACACACACACACACACACAUAGGACACAUUGAUGUUACAACUUAAGGCAGCACACAUACACAAGUAAACUAGGACACACUGAUUCUACAACAAAAAGAUACAAAUUCAAAAUUUCUUGGCAACACAUAUGCACAAUCAUGAUGUGACUCAGGGCUACACAGAUACACACACACUCACACACAGAUAGGGGCAACA